GUGUAGUUGUUGAAUACUAAGUUAUGUAAAAGUAUUAAUGCAGAUGCCACCAUAACUUUCUUUAAUUCAUUUAAGCAUUUUAGGAAAAAAACAAUGGCUUCUUUCAAAACGUUUAUGUGUGCAAUGCGAAUGUUAUUGUUCAUUCAUGGCAGCUUAUCGCCGUUACCUGUAAUUAAAGAAAUCUCAUUGGAAGGAAAUCCUCCAUUAGAAGGUUUUCCUGGUAGAAAUUCUCUCACAUUGGAAUGUAAAUACAGCUGUAAAUCAAAUGUGACAAUCAGCUGGACUUUUAACGGAACGAAAAUACAUAACAAAGGGCAAUACAGUUUAAUCGCCCCUGAUAAAUUAAGAGUACUCGGCGUCACAAAUCGAAAUAACGGCGUCUAUCGCUGCCACGUCAGUAAUAAUUAUGGAGCAGUAUUUUCAGAGUAUAUCUUGAAAGUUAAAAGUCUUGGAGAAUUCAACCCUGGCUUCCAAUCACAUGAUGCAGCAAGAACUGUUAAAGCAACUCUUGGUAAAAGUUUAACGUUAAAAUGUCCCACACAUACAACUGGUCACGGACAAAUUUACUAUUGGGGCGUCAUGAAAUAUAACGCUGUUCCUGUUAUACUGAGUACCAAUUUGCCAAUAAAGCAUGCAUUCAUUGGAAAAUCUGGCUCCUUUGUCAUUCCGCACUUGAAACAGAGUGAUGUUGAUUUUAUUAAUAACUUGGGUGGCAUCAGCUGCAUCUUGUACAACCAGAGAGAGGUGACUCUCAGCUGUCAGUUUAAAAUCGAUGCUCAAAAAGCUACCAACGAGUCAUUUUUACCAACUUUGGUAUCUCACAUGGAUAAAGAGUUCUCCGCUGUUGAAGGAAGAUCAGUGGAUAUAUUAUGCGGUGCGACAGGAAAACCAACCCCUUUGAUAUCCUGGUAUAAAAACGGAGUUAAAAUUUUACCUUCAAAUGGCAGUGGUUCAGGCAACAUCAAAAUUUUGGCCGGGAAUAUGCAGCUACGAAUUGACCCGGUUACAGCAACAGACUUCGGAGUAUAUAAAUGUGUCACAAGAAAUAGCCUGGGUGAAGACUCGAAGCAAGGGCUAUUAAUGGUUCAUAGUGAACCAUCGUGGAUAAAGCAACUUCCAAAAGCGCAAGUCGUAUCACAUAACUUUAAAUUAACACUGGAGUGCUCAGCUUUGGGUUAUCCAGUUGUUCAGUAUUCGUUAUACCAUAAUGACACUCUUCUAACGAGGUAUACAUUUUAUAAAUGGACAGUUUCUAAGAUUUCAGAUUAUCAGUUACCUAACUUGAUGCCGUGGUUGUUGUUAUUUUUUUGUUUGUUUUCUGCGUAACCUAUUCUCUUUGGGCAAAUAUGAUGAGAAAAAACAAACAAAAUGUUGUCACGAUUAUUCUCAGAGUACUGUGUAUAGUCCAAUAAGCCCAAAUCCUCCACCAAUU